AUGUUCUAUCAGCGCUGCUUUCUACUUUUUGGCAUUUUUGCCAUGGCCCAAGGUCGAGGUCAGGGAUUCGGACCGGGCGAACAGCAUUGGGACUACGUGGAUGUGCGCGAAGGUGCCCAUAUGUUCUAUUGGCUCUAUUACACCACGGCCAAUGUCAGCAACUAUACGGAACGUCCUCUGGUUAUUUGGUUACAAGGCGGUCCAGGAGGAUCGUCCACAUUGCUAGGAAACUUUUUUGAAAUCGGACCAGUGGAUAUGCAUGGAGAUCCGCGAGAGGGCAAUUGGGUGCAGCACGUGAAUGUGUUGUUCAUCGAUAGUCCCGUGGGAGCAGGCUUUAGCUACGCCGAUAAUAUCACACUUCUGACAACUAACAACGACGAGCUGACCAAUGAUCUAGUGACCUUUAUGCAAUACUUUUACAAGAAACACCAGGAAUUCAAGAAAGUUCCCCUUCACAUAUUUACGGAGAGUUAUGGAGGUCGAAUGGUUCCAGAAUUUGCUUUGAAAUUGGAUUUGGCGUUCAAAAAUGGAGAUUUGGCGGAACCAAACCUCCUUAAGUCCAUUUCACUUGGUAAUCCAUGGAUUUCCACUCGUCACAUUUGCCGAGAGCAUUCUCGUUACCUUUUUGUAAAUGGAUUAAUUGAUGAGGAUGGUGUGGAUUUGAUUAACAGACAAGAGGAAAAGAUUUUGAGUGCUGUGAAAAAUCAUACAUUCUCAGAAGCAACCGAUGAGUAUCUGGUGUGGUUUGAUCUUUUACAGAAUCUGACAGGUGAAAUAUAUAUAUAUAACACUCAAAAUCAUGUGGAUCCCGACGAGGAUCGGACAUAUGGAUUCGCAGAUGAGUUAACACAGUUCAUGAAAAACAAUAUCAGCGAGGCCUUGAAAAUCAAUGGUAGUGUCUACCGUGAACAAAUUUUGGACGUUUUGGAAGCCCUGCAUGCAGAUCGUUUAAGAUCCGACAUUUUUGCCAUUCCACGACUCUUAAACGAAACGUUAGUUAAGGUUAAUAUAUUUUCUGGUCAAUUGGACAUUUUGAUACCGACAACAGCACACCUGGGUUUCAUCAAAGAUAUUACUUGGGCUGAUAAAUCAAAAUACCUUGAGGCUAAGCGUCAGCCAAUUGUUGUUAAUAACAGACUUCAGGGCUAUGAAAAAGUUGGCGGAAAUUUUGGAAUGUAUUGGAUAAACCGAGCGGGGCACAUGGCCCUAGCUGAUAAUCCUACCGCCAUGCAUCAUGUUUUAAAAGCGGUAACCCACUAUGAUGACUUGGAAUCAAAUGAUUUAUGAGAAAAGCACUGAAACUUCUAUGUUAAACAUUAUAACAAUGAUAUA